AUGCCAACAUGUAUAAAAACAAACAAAGAGGAAUACACUGUUGAUGAUCAAUAUGAUGUUGUUGACAUCAACAGUUUUAGUGAAAUACAAAAAUCUGCUGUAGAUAUUGUUGAGUCUCAUUUUGAUGAUACAUCAUCCGAGAAAGAGCAGCUUAUUAUAAAUGGUGUUGCUGGAACUGGAACUGGAAAAGGUUAAAUUAUUAAUGCUGUUAGAAAUCUUUUGCAAAGUAAAGGUGCUGUUACUGAUACCACAGGUAAAGCAGCUUACAAUAUUAGUGAUAUAACUGUGCUUCUCUAUUAAAGUUACCUAUAAGAUCAAGAGGUAAUAAAGACCUAACAGGACAAAAGUUGUGUAGGUUACAAGAGAGUGUUAAUAACAUUGUAUACAUCAUUAUUGAUAAAUAUUAUAUGCUUGGCCAAGUAAUUUUUGGUUGAAUAGACAAGCGUUGCAAACAAGCAAGUGAUUCUAAUGACAAAGUAUUUGGAAGAAAAUCAUUGAUUUUAACUGGUAAUCCAGGUCAAUUGCUACCAGUAGCAGACAAACCGUCUUACUAUGCUAGACCAUCAAACGUUGUUGGUGAACAAGCUCAUCGAUCAAGCAUAUCAAAGUUGUUAAACUUAUUGUAUGGCGUCUGA